UUGACCUAAAAAAUCUAGAAGCAAAAGAAAAAGGAAGAGUCGAGUCAAGAGUAGAGAGGAUGACAAAUUGAGGAUAAUGGGGGCUUCGACGUGGUGGUCAAGCUGGCCAAGUAUGCCGGAGAUAUGAGGUCGUGGAAGUAAUCGGUUGUGUAAGAUAAAAAAAAAAAGGAAUUGAAGAAGAAAGAAUCGUGGAACUUGGUCUACGGCUUCAACUCAAAUCCUCCUCCGAAUCAUGGGUAAUUGCUGCUCAGUCCAAAUUGGUUUAGAGAAUUUCGUCAUUCGUGGCUUGGAUUCCAUUGUUGGCCAUGCUAAUUACGUAUGCAAGCUUAAACAAACUCUUCCAACUCUAUCUGUUGCUCUUCAAGAACUGAGGGCACUAAGGAACGACAUGCAAAGGGAGGUCGAUCUGGCUGAACAACGACUAUUGAAGCCAUUUGAGCGAGUUCAGCUAUGGCUUUCAAAAGCAGAAACUAUGAUAACAGAGGCAGAAAAGUUGAUUGCAGAUGGCCCUCAACAAAUGAAUAACUUGUGUCUCGGCGGCUGUGCUUCCAAGAAUUGCUUGUCUAGCUACAAGUUUGGUAAAAAAGUGGCCAAAAUGCUUAAGAAAAUAAAUGAUCAUAGGAGUAACGGAGCUUUUGCAAAGGUAGCAGAGAGUCAGCCUGCAGCUUCAGUGGUGGUAAGACCUGAAGAGCGGCCAAUUGCUCAAGAAUCCAUGAUCGAAAAAGUAUGGAGCUGCAUCGAGGACAAAGAUGUGGGGGUCAUUGGCCUCUAUGGCUUAGGGGGCGUUGGCAAGACAACACUCCUGACUCAAAUUAACAAUAAGUUCAGCACCACACCAAAUGAUUUCGAUGUUAUAAUUUGGGCACUGGUGUCUAAACAUUCUGAUGUUGGAAAGAUUCAAGAUAGAAUUGGUGGAAACAUUGGCUUUUCAGAUGCAUUCUGGAAGAGUAAAAGUGUUGACGAGAAAGCUGUAGAUAUCUAUGGGGUGUUGUGCAACAAGAGAUUUGUUGUAUUAUUGGAUGAUUUAUGGGAGAGGGUGGAUUUGAACCAAGUUGGGAUACCAAAACCAAGCCAAGAAAAUGGUUCCAAACUUAUUUUCACUACUCGAUCUUUGGAGGUAUGUGGCGAAAUGGAAGCUCGAAAGAAAAUCAAAGUGGAGUGCCUGGGACCAGACAAGGCUUGGGAAUUGUUCCAAGACAAAGUUGGAGAUGAAACUCUCAAUAGUCAUCCAGAUAUACGAAAACUAGCUGAAGAAGUAGCCGAAAGGUGUGGUGGGUUACCUCUUGCAUUAAUUACAAUCAGUCGUGGCAUGGCUUGCAAGACAACACCUGGGGAAUGGAAAUAUGCAAUUGAAAAGUUGAAGCGAUCUUCAUUGCCGAAAAUGGAAAAUGAGGUAUUUCCACUUUUAAAACUCAGUUAUGAUAAUUUGCCUAACGUGACAAUGAAAUGUUGCCUCUUAUAUUGUUGCCUGUAUCCAGAAGAUUAUUGUAUUCCCAAAAAAAGAUUAGUGGAGUAUUGGUUUUGUGAAGGGCUGUUGAAUGAAUUUGAUAGAAUUUGCGGAGCUCAAAUGCAAGGAAACUACAUUAUCAACUCUCUUCUUAGUGCUUGUUUAUUGGAAAAUGGUGGUGAAAUAGGUGGAGAAGAUUGUGUUAAGAUGCAUGAUGUGGUUGACAUGGCUUUGUGGAUAGCGUGUGAGCUUGAAACAAAAGAGAAAUUUUUUGUAAAAGCAGGGACUCAAUUAUUUGAAGAACCAGAUGUUAUGGCAUGGGAAGGUGCAAAAAGAAUGUCAGUGAUGAAAAACCAGAUUGAAGUUCUCAAAGGAACACCUAAAUGCCCUAACCUUCGAACUUUGUUUCUUAGCGAAAAUAAGUUGCAGGUGAUCAGCAAUGGCUUCUGCCGGUUUAUUCCUCAUCUAAUGGUGUUAAACUUGUCAGAGAAUAUAGGUUUACGAGCAUUGCCUGAGGGAAUUUCACAAUUGACUUCACUACAAUCUCUCGAUUUAUCCUGGACUAGCAUAACAGAGUUGCCAAUGGAGUUGAAAUCUUUGACAAAACUGAAAAUGUUGGACUUGAGUUACACAUACGAUCUCAGGAAAAUCCCACCGCAUCUGAUAUCUAGUUUUUCCAAAUUACAAAUAUUUAGGGCAUGGUGCACGACAAGUGGAGACUAUCCAAAGGAAGAUAAUGUUCUGAAUGGGGACAAUGAAAAUCUUACAGAAGAGCUGAAAAGUUUGCGACAUUUGAACACACUAACGAUACCACCAAUUAAAAGCUUGUUUGCUCUAGAAAGAUUUGUGAGCUUCCACUUGUUUCAAUGUUGCACCCAAGCACUACAUUUGAGGCAUCUUAGAGAGUCAAAUGUGUUUAAUGUUUUAUGCUUGGAAAACAUGGAGCGUCUAGAGACAUUAUAUUUCGAGGGUUGUGGAAGUAUAGAGGAGAUUAAAAUGGAAAAACUGUCUCCGAAUACUAAUUAUACUUCAACCUUUCACACAUUAAGCCAUGUUGUAAUUAGAGGUUGUAAUAAGUUGGUAGAUACAACCUGGUUGAUUCUUGCUCCUAAUCUAUGCUACAUUUCGAUAUUUGGUUGUGCAAAACUGGAAGAAAUAUUGAGUGAGAGAAAACUUGGUGAAAUUGCAGAUGUGGUUGGAAUACCAUAUCCUAAACCAUUUUUGAAGCUUAAAACACUUGCUUUAGGUUAUCUACCAGAAUUGAAGAGCAUAUAUUGGGAUGCCUUACCCUUCCCAGGUCUGAAAAGUAUUUCUUUGUUGGGUGAUUGUCCAAAACUGAAGAAGCUUCCUCUCAACUUAGACAGUGCGAAAGGGAAUCAGAUCACCAUUUUGGGAAGCAAAGAUUGGUGGGCAACUGUGGAAUGGGAGAAUGAAGCCACUCGAGAUACUUUUUUGCCCUCUUUCAGAUAUUUUCCUAAAUGAAAUGUACAAAAUCCUAAAGACUGAGUAGUGCUUUGUUGAAUCGUUGUUGUAUGAUAUUUCAUUUUUGACAAAAUAAAGAGGUUUCCAUAAGAGAGAA